CGGUUGGUCGGAUGCCAAGCCUUGACGGGGCGUUUUUGAAGGCGGACGUUUUUUUUAUUUCUUUAGCAGCAGAGCGACAAAAACACCACAUUGAUAUUGAGCCCACCGAGCAUUGGACAUUUAUUUAAAUUGUUAUUCGAUAUCAGUGAUAGCUCCAGAAGCAAUGCAGGACUAGCUAUUGACACCUGAAUAUUACUUUUGGAAAAUAUUUUCCAAUCCCUUCCAUUCCGCCAGCGGGGCAAACUGGCUGUUCUUGCGCGGUGCUUAGGGGCAUGGAUUAAAUAAAAUGUAUAUUUGACAGCUACAGUAUCAAUCAAUCAUGCGAUCCUAUCUCUCUCAAAGAACUUUUCGCGCAAUCCUAAGAAACAAACCGUACUUUCACCUGCGAUGCCGGCAACGGCUGGCGUUAUCAGCUCCAUCGUGUGCCGCCGAACGGCACUGCCUAUAUAAAAUCCAGCGGAGGUAUCUGUUCGGCUUCCCUACAGUUAGCCCGACGGAUAUUCAGUCCGGGGCCAAGCAGGGCCAAUCAGUGGAUCAUGGGGGCCUGGCAAUAAGGCAGUUGGCGGAAGCUUUGGAGGAGAAAUCUCAAUCGACGCCAGACGCAAUCGCGAAGGCAUUUUCAUCUUUCAUUCAACAUCGACUCGAAAAUCCUACAAUUUUAACAGCGGCGCAAGCAAAAUUCUUGUUAUGGGCGUGGGAAUAUUUGGACAGUGCCGUAAAAGAAAAUCAAUCGGCGGGUUUGGAUCUGAGUAUCGCGGAACCUGAAGACAUCUUAAAUGCCCUGUCGCGAUCACAAUGGGAACACCACGCCAAUAAUGACGUAGCCACCCUUGCAAAGUCAGCUUUCCGGAAGAUGUGCUCCCAGCUUGAACAAGAAGCCGCCGCUGAACCAUUUCCUAGCCAGGAGGUUCUGUACGCAUAUUUGCAUAUCCUAGCAGCCACCGGGGAGAUCCGCGAAGCGCUACAAAUAAUUGACAAUUACCGGUUAUCUGCCCUCCGAAACGCAGGAAUUGACCCUUGGAUACCUGUGGCAAAGGGCGCUUUGAAAGCGGAACCAGGAGCUUUGAACAGAAUCCUCCAUCAUAUGACAACACAUAGCAUUCAACUAGACCAAAAGACCCAAGAGCUAUUGACGGUGGCAGCUGCGAACGAGAGUGCGGGAUUGGCAUCCAAAUAUAUCUACGAAUAUAAGACAAAGAACCCUUUCGAGCCUACUCUUGCUGCGACACUUGCCACUGCGAAUGCUAUGAUUUGGCAUGGCAAGGCCGGUUGGGCUAGAGACCUACUCACAGUUCCACGCCGGAAUCCAACGCCGGAAGUCAGAGAUGCAGUUUUGCUUCUAGCGGUCAGAAAAGGGCAAGAAGCAGAUGUUGUUAACAAAAAACUGGUUGACCUGUGUAGCAUAAAUCCUGACUUGGGUUCGACCUUAACGAUCGCUACUUUCAACAAGCUUUUGGAAUUCAAGAUCCUCAAGCGCGAGUAUAAUGGCAUUGACGAACUUAUCUCACUUGCCAAGACAUGGGGUCUAGAGCCAGAUGCGUUUACGGGUAUGUCGAGAGUGACUGCUCGCUUAGACGCUGGAGAUGUUCCCGGCGCAAUGUGUUUAUGGGAGGAGCUUGAUUUGGGCGAGUUGAUUGAAGGGAAGGCUGUUACCUUGUGGAACAUAAUUAUGAGACAACUUUGUCAGGCAGCGCAAGCUGAUCCUGAAGACGAGACCGUCCUAGCUUUCAUCGACAGGCUCUUGGAAUCAGAAUGCUGCCUUGAGGCUGCUACUCUGGAAGAACUGUGCCGAAUGCUGCUCCUCCGACAUGACCUAGAGGGCAUCUCAGAGCUACUAAGGCCAUUCGUCAGCUCCUGCAGCGUACCAGGGCUUUCACAGGUUCUAAAGCCGUUUGCACAAUUUAUUGCCGACCAAAAAGAGUCGGUCGAAACCGCCUGGGAGGUUCAUGAGCUCCUGGCCCGUGCGGUCCCAUACGCGCCCGUCGGGUUCUGGACGAAUACCAUGAAACAAUUUUUCAAGCGCGGCCGUCCAGAUCUGGCAUGCCUUGCGUUUGGACAUAUGCGCAAGAAAGUAAACCCACAAGAUCGACCUACAGCCCAAACGUACGCGAUGUGUUUCCAUGGCCUAGCUAAAACCGCUUAUUCCGAAGGCAUCUUCCUCGUGCACAACAUGUUGAAGCUGGAUGUCGAGGUGCAAUGGACGAGAAGCUUACUGCACAAACUUAUGGCUGCGUAUACUGCAUGCGGAGAUCCUGAGCAGGCAAUGGAGUUCUUCAGGCAUAUUCUGCAUUCGGUGGAAGGCCCCUCUUACUAUUCUAUUACGCUAUUUUUCCGGGCAUGCGCGACCUAUCGCAAGGGACUGCAGGAGGCAACCCAGAUGGUGGAGAAGUUGAAAUCGCUCAAUCUCCCCCUGAACAGGAGGACUUAUAAUAACUAUAUCCGUGUGUUGAGUGCCCAUGGCGAACUUGAGCGUGCUUCAGAGGCUAUCAGUGCUAUGCGCGCAGAAACCGGAGAGAGCCCUACCGUUGCUACUAUCGGGCUCCUCUACAACGGCCUCCCUAACCAGAAAUGGCGCGACCAAGCCGAGUCGUGGGCUAGGAUAGCCUAUCCAGAUCUCUGGACCGAACUUGAAAAGUUACCCGCAACCGUCGACGAGGAUGGAAUUCGCUCCUUUGACCUUGCCGAUCGGGAUGGAGAUGGAAACUCCCAAGACUGGGCGGGAGAAUGAUCAUUGAGAAAUAGUUUUCCUUACUUAGCCAGGAGGAGAGUGCGUGCAGCGGAAACUUAAAAUCGAUGGCGAACGUAACAGGGGCCGCAGUUAAGAGGAUGCUUCGACCAUGAGGUGUUGAUAACGGACCUAUGGCACCUGAUGACGUUCCUCUGAUUAGUUGCGAUAUGUAUAGUACAUAUAUUGUACUUUGGGUUUUUUUUUUUCCAACGCCAAGUGACCGGCGAGCAAUGUGUGUGUGUGUACUACAUAUUCUUCGAUGUACUGUACAUCGUAUGUUUGGAACCCAUUUCGAUUGGAAAUUGGGCAGUUUCCGUUUAUCCACUUGCUUUUAUACAUGUACAUACAUUACCUAUAUAACUGUAUAAUUUUGCUUUUCUAAUAUAUAAAAAGCGACGGUGGGUUGAACUGCGUACGAACAAUAUUACCCAGUAUCCUCAUUGCGGUAGACAUACCUCCUCUCUAAGAAAAAUCAAUAUCACAGACUAUAACAUCUAAAAGUAUUGCC